AUGACCAGGGUUUAUACCGCAUCUUUCGCCUUCUUCGAGGCGCUUUGGGAGGCUGGAGUCACACAUACGUUCGUCAACUUGGGCUCCGACCAUCCAUCGAUCCUGGAGGCCAUGGUCAAGGGCCAAAAGGAGAAGCCAGACCAAUUUCCAAAGAUCAUCACCUGCCCCAAUGAGAUGGUCGCUCUCUCUAUGGCAGAUGGCUACGCUCGACUUACCGGAAAGCCUCAGUGCGUGAUUGUUCACGUAGAUGUCGGAACACAAGGCCUAGCCGCUGCUGUACACAACGCUUCCUGCGGUCGUGCUCCGGUUCUAAUCUUCGCUGGCCUCUCCCCAUUCACAAUUGAGGGAGAGAUGCGCGGCUCCCGCACCGAAUACAUACACUGGAUCCAAGACGUUCCCGACCAGAAACAGAUUGUGUCUCAGUACUGUCGUUAUUCGGCCGAAAUCAAAUCUGGCAAGAACAUAAAACAGAUGGUUAACCGGGCACUUCAGUUUGCGACAAGUGACCCGAAAGGACCCGUUUACCUGACAGGUGCUCGAGAGGUUAUGGAAGAGGAGAUACAGCCCUACACGCUGACUCAAGGCGUCUGGGGACCAGUUGCACCAUCGGCUUUGACGCCAGAGGGCGUCGAGCUGAUCGCCUCUCAUUUGGCCGCUGCCAAAGAGCCUCUAGCAAUCGUGGGCUACUCAGGUCGCUCUGCUCGAGGGAUGAAAGAGCUAGUCACACUGGCCGAUACGUUCAAGGGACUCCGGGUUUUGGACACGGGCGGAUGCGACAUGUGCUUUCCGGGCGACCAUCCUGCGUCGUUAGGACUCCGUUAUGGUGUCCAUGACGCUAUCAAGACCGCCGACUUCAUCCUAGUUGCCGAUUGCGAUGUACCAUGGAUCCCAACACAGUGCAAGCCAUCGGAUUCAGCCAAGAUCAUCCACAUUGACGUCGAUCCGCUCAAGCAGCAAAUCCCUGUCUUCUACAUUCCCUCUCUAGCAACUUUUCGGGCGGAGUCCGCGACUGCAUUCAAGCAGAUCAACGACUUCGUCGCGUCUAGCAAGGCUCUGCAGGAUGUGGCCAAUUCUGAAGAACAAGUCGCAUUCGGUCGGCGCCGGGAAGAAGAAUAUAAGAAGACGCGUCAAGCUGUUGCAGACCUUGCUGUAGUACCUUCGGGAGGCGAUGACGCUUCAUUGAAUGCGUCUUACCUCAUGGCUCAAGUCCGGAAAUCUUGCCCAGAAGACACCAUCUGGGCCAUUGAAGCGGUGACCCUUACUGCGACUGUAGCCGACCAGAUCAAUGCUACCCUGCCCAAAUCCUGGAUCAACUGCGGUGGCGGCGGCCUGGGAUGGUCCGGUGGCGGUGCCUUGGGAAUCAAGCUAGCUACCGAUGAUCAGCACGGUGGUAAGAACAAGGGUAGAUUCGUGUGCCAGGUGGUGGGCGACGGGACGUUCCUCUUCUCAGUACCAGGCUCCGUUUACUGGAUUGCCCGGCGCUACAAUAUUCCAGUGCUCACGAUUGUGCUGAACAACAGAGGCUGGAAUGCACCUCGCAGAAGCAUGCUUCUGGUUCACCCCAAUGGAGAUGGCUCGCGCGCAACGAACGAAGAUCUCAAUAUCUCUUUCGCUCCUACCCCAGAUUAUUCAGGCAUCGCGAAGGCUGCAGCUGGAGGUGAGCUUUGGGCUGGUCGCGCGGCUACAGUAGCCGAGCUAGGAAAGCUCCUACCAGAGGCUAUCCAGAGUGUGCUCAACGGGACUGCAGCUGUCCUGGAAGCCCAGCUAGAUGGGACCACUGGAAAGUAUGUUGAGAAGAGAUAG